AUGUUCCUGACGGCUUUUUUGGUUAACCUUUUAUUCCACUGGGUCCUUGCAACUCAAGAUUCGAUCCGUCUUUUUGAUGAUCUGAUGGUGGAUUACAACAAUCACCUCAGACCGAGUGAUGGACUUCGUAAUUCUACUGUGGUCCACAUUAGACUGAGUUUGUCACAAAUUAUUGAACUAGUAAGUUGGACAAAAGCUGUUUGAUUUGCUUCUUAAAGGAUGAGAUAAACCAGAUAAUGAUGUGUGCAGUCUGGCUGAGGCAAACCUGGAAGGACUACCGGCUAACUUGGGAUCCCAAGGAGUAUGGGCAGAUUGAUGUUCUCCACGUCCCAUACGAGAUUAUCUGGGUCCCAGAUAUUGUUUUAUACAAGUGAGAUCACGCCGGGUUUUUAGCUUUUGUGUUCCAGUGCCGAAGCUGAAAAUAAUAUAACAAUCAGCACUAAAGCCACUGUAUAUUAUACUGGAGACAUUGUUUGGGAACCUCCGGCACUCUUUCGGACCUUUUGCCAGAUGGAUGUCCAGUGGUUUCCUUUUGAUGAGCAGCGUUGUUUUCUGAAGGUAACUCAAAAUGUGUACACAAAUAGUUCUAGUUUGGUUCCUGGAGUUUCCCAAAGCGUUUGGUCGACCUCAAAUUCAUUGACAACAGUGGGUUCUUCAAUGAUUCAGAUAUCCGUAUUUCUGAUGACGAAAUGACUUCGGACCAAGGAAUAGAUCUCUCUGAUUAUUAUCCGUCGGUGGAAUGGGAUGUGAUGUCCAUCAAGGCUCUCAGGCGAUCUAAGGUUUACAUUGGUUGCUGCCCUGAAAGCGGCGAUUUUGUGGAUCUUACAGUAUGCCCGGACUAACAAGAUUAUUGCAUUUUUUAGUUUGAAUUACUUCUCCGUCGGAAGCCUUUGUUCUACACCGUGAAUCUACUGAUGCCCAAUGUUUUCAUGGCUUGUCUGACCCCAUUUGUAUUUUAUCUUCCUUGUGAAUCUGGAGAGAAGAUCCAAUUAGUGAUCUCCAUCCUGGUCUCGGUUGCCUUCUAUUUCCUCAUCUUGACUGAAGUGAUGCCUGCCUCAGGCACUACUCUUCCCCUUAUCUCCAAAUAUCUUUUGUUCACAAUGUUGAUGGUAUCAGCCUCUUCCGCCUUCACCGUCCUGGUUCUGAAUACUUAUUACCGGAAACCGACCACCCAUUCAAUGUCAUCAACAGCUCGACAUCUCCUAUUAAAGUGGCUUCCUAAGGUUUUGGGAAUGAAUCGGGAUCGAUUGCCAACCAAGAAAAGUAAUAUGGAAACAGUGAGCAUGUUAUUUAACAAGGACGGAGGGACUGCGCAACGGAAGAGAAGAGGAACCAUGUCCACUCUCAGCAAACAAUUGUGCCGAGAUCUGGUGAAAGCACCUCAUGAUGACAGAUUGAAGACUUUGUACUACUCUAAACAAGUCUUCAAAUGUCUGGAGAAUGUUGGUUUUAUCUCACAGUUGAUUCGAAAGAAGAGAUGCGACCAUGAAGUGGGUGGUUUCACUGGAGGAUCAAGUAUAAUAUGACUUGGCAUUUCAGACCGAAGAAGACUGGAAGUACGCCUCGGCCGUUCUGGACCGUUUCUUUUUGUGGCUCUUCCAAUUACUUUCCAUCAUCGGGACUAUUUGGGUGUUCAUAGACACCCCGCUUUUCUACGAUGAUCGAAUGCCCAUUACUUUACCUCAGAGUGUGGUGUCAGUGGAUGAGUUGGUCAGAUUGAGAAUAAAGAACCUGUAG